CCCCUCUCUCUCCAGUCUCUCCCCCACCAAAACCACCGCGCCGCCACCGGCACACCGCCGCGGCUGCCGGCCAUGAUCCCCGCUCCUCCCGCUUCCAGCGCAGGAGGCAGCAUCACCAGCGGGUGGCGCAACCUCCUCCUCCUCCUCCUCCUCCUCACACUCACCCUCGCGCGCCCCGCAGCAGCGCAGCCGCCGACGAGCCCGGCGCUGCAGGCGGCGUACGCGGCGCUGCAGGCGUGGAAGCGGACGGCCAUCUUCUCCGACCCGUCCAACUUCACCUCCAACUGGGCGGGCCCCAACGUGUGCGCGUACAACGGCAUCUACUGCGCGCCGCGGCCCUCCGACGGGGCGCUGGCCGUGGCCGGCAUCGACCUCAACCACGCCGACAUCGCGGGCCACAUCCCCGCCGACCUCCCCCUCGGCGUGCCCGACCUGGCGCUGCUCCACCUCAACUCCAACCGCUUCUGCGGGGUGCUGCCGGACACGCUGCUCCACCUGCGCCUCCUCCACGAGCUCGACCUCAGCAACAACCGCUUCGUCGGCGCCUUCCCCGCCGUCGUGCUCGCGCUCCCCUCGCUCCGCUACCUCGACCUCCGCUUCAACGACUUCGAGGGCCCCAUCCCGCCGCCGCUCUUCGACCGCCCGCUCGACGCCAUCCUCCUCAACUCCAACCGCCUCCGCGGGCCCAUCCCGGCCAACCUCGGCAACUCGCCGGCCUCCGUGCUCGUGCUCGCGCACAACCGCCUCGGCGGCUGCAUCCCGCCGUCGAUAGGGAGGAUGGCGGCCACGCUCAACGAGAUCGUCCUCAUCGACGACGACCUCACCGGCUGCGUCCCGCCGCAGGUCGGCCUGCUCACGAAGCUCACGGUGUUCGACGUCAGCGGCAACCACCUCCAGGGCCCGCUCCCGCCCGCCGUCGGCGGGAUGGCCGCCCUCCAGCAGCUCAACGUCGCCGGGAACCUGCUCAGGGGCCCCGUGCCGCCGGCGGUGUGCGGCCUGCAGGGGACGCUCAGGAACUUCACCUACGAGGACAACUUCUUCACCUCGCGCCCUGGGUGCGCGGUCGCCACGGCUGACGGGCGCUGGAACUGCAUCCCUGGCGCUCCUGCGCAGCGCCCACCGCCACAGUGCGCCGCCGCGGCCGCGCCGUUCGACUGCAGGACGGCGCAAUGCCAGCCGCCUCCGACGUCCGGCCCGCCUGGGUCGGGCCCCGGUGGACCUUCACAGCCACUGUCCCCGCCAGGGAGCUCGAAUACGCCGUCGCACCCAUCCCCGCCAGGGAGCUCCAACACGCCGUCGUACCCUUCUCCGCCAGGGAGCUCCAACACACCGGCAUACCCGUCUCCACCAGGGAGCUCUACGACACCGUCGCACCCAUCCCCGCCAGGGAGCUCUACCACCCCGUCGCCACCAGGGAGCUCCACGACACCGUCGCACCCGUCCCCGCCAGGGAGCUCCACAACACCGUCGCCACCAGGGAGCUCCACGACACCGUCGCACCCAUCCCCGCCAGGGAGCUCCAACACGCCGUCGUACCCUUCUCCGCCAGGGAGCUCCAACACACCGGCAUACCCGUCGCCACCAGGGAGCUCUACGACACCGUCGCACCCAUCCCCGCCAGGGAGCUCUACCACCCCGUCGCCACCAGGGAGCUCCACGACACCGUCGCACCCGUCCCCGCCAGGGAGCUCCACAACACCGUCGCACCCAUCCCCACCAGGGAGCUCCACCACGCCGUCGUACCCGUCGCCGCCCGCAGACGGCAAUAGCCCCAAGCCAUCAAUGCCGCCUUCGUCCCAUGGUGGCUCGGCUCCGCCGUCAGGCUACCAGCCGCCGCCGUGGUCCCAGUGGGCACCGUCGGGUCAACCCGUAGGCGUACCACCACCCACAGAGCACCCCGGUGGCGUCUGGCCGCCGCACACGCCAACGGCUCCCGGCACACCAGGAUCAGCGUACCCGCCGGGCACACCAGGAUCGCCGUCCACACCGACGACUCCGGGCACGCCAGGUUCGACAUUCCCGCCGACGACCCCCGGCGCACCAGGGUCGUUGCCAUCCACGCCGACGACUCCGGGCACGCCAGGUUCGACGUUCCCGCCGACGACCCCGGGCGCACCAGGGUCGUUGCCACCCACGCCGACGACUCCAGGAUCGACGUUCCCGCCGACGACUCCCGGUGCGCCAGGGUCGUUGCCACCCACGCCCGGCUACCACCCUCCGUCCCCAGGCGACCACGGCAGCAGCCAGGAGCACACCCCGCCAUCGGCACCUGGCAGCAGCGGCGGCGUCCUACCGUUCCCGCCCGUGCACGGCGUGGCCUACUCGUCGCCGCCUCCGCCGCCGUCCGACCCAGCAGCGGGGAACCCGCCGUCGUUCUCGCCCGUCCACGGCGUGUCCUACUCGUCGCCCCCGCCGCCGCUCCCGCCCGUGUACCCCGUGUCCUACGCGUCGCCCCCGCCGCCGUACAAGAGCAACUAGCUGGCCGCGCGCUGAUCCACCGGCCACGGCCAGUGACAAGAGUCGCCGUGACGCUUCAGUACAUCUUGCACUGUAGCGCUCGUUCUUUCCCUCCCGCCCCGCUAUUUUUCUCACUUGUUGUAGUAGUUUAAAAGUUGCUCCAUUUCGAGGUUUGGUUGCGUUCGAUCGGAUUGGAUU